GAUGACUUCAUUCUCUCGAAACGUCGACGCUAAGCUGUUGUGAAAGCUUUUCCAUUGGCCGCCAGCCCUGACCAAAAUCAUUUACUACGACGAAAAACCCGACAUCUCCGUGCACCCAGUAUAACGGUAAGAGCAAUGUCAGAUCGAGGCCCUGUGUAUUUGCACGGUACCACACGAGCGAUGUCAUCACUGACGUAGACCACAUGCGGCUAUGUUAGCGCUCUCGGUAUAUGAAAUGGAAGGCCCCUCUAAAAUGCGAAUCAGAUUCGCAAAUACAAACCAAGCUUUCGUGUGCAGGAAAUAUCUCUUGAAAAACACUUAGCAAAGAUGGCAUCCAACCUCAUUGCGCGGGCGAACCACGCUCUGGACCUCAAUGGCAACACAGUCAACGGCGCUACAGCCGACAUUGCCAUCACGACUCAUGGCUCCGAUCUCUACUUCGCCAUCUGCGCAGCCAUGGGCGUCGCUGGUUUCUCCUUCAUGGGCCUCGCCAUGCGCAAGCAUCGCCGCGAUCGCUUGUUUCACUACAUCACUGCGGCCGUCGUCUUUGUAGCUUGCAUUGCUUAUUUCACCAUGGGAUCCAAUCUCGGAUUCACACCUAUUCAGGUCGAAUACCGACGCAGUAACCCUGUUGUUCGUGGCCAAUACCGCGAGAUCUUUUACGUCCGCUACAUCGACUGGUUCAUUACAACUCCUCUCUUGCUCUUGGACCUGUUGCUCACUGCUGGCAUGCCGUGGCCGACAAUUCUCUGGACUCUGCUCAUUGAUGAAAUAAUGAUCAUCACUGGUCUUGUCGGAGCUCUCGUUGUCAGCAGGUACAAGUGGGCGUACUUCACUUUCGGCUGUGUUGCACUAGUCUACAUCGCCUACGUCCUCACCUGGGAAGCUCGCAAGAACUCUGCUCGCUACGGCCCUGAGGUCAGGAAGGCCUUCCUGUACUGCGGAUCCCUGACCACCUUCCUUUGGAUCUUGUACCCAAUCGCGUGGGGUCUCUGCGAAGGCGGGAAUGUUAUCUCCCCUGACUCCGAGGCCAUCUUCUACGGCAUUCUCGAUUUCCUCGCUAAGCCUUGCUUCGGUGCGCUUCUGAUUUGGGGUCACCGCAACAUCGACCCUGCGUCGAUCGGUAUGGCCAUCCGCGAUUACGAGGAUGACACCAUGGUGCAUGGCGAGAAGCGUGGGCCCACCAACUCCAACAUUCAGGCUCCUCUAGAUGGACCUGCCAACACUACCGCUACCAACGGGCUUCAGGUCUAAGCAUAUGUUUUGAUCAGUUGAAGACUGUGUAUAUACCCAUGUGUUAUGGCCAAAUUGAAUCGAAAUGGAGUAAGUCAUUUGCGGCUGUAAUGAGUAACAGAAGGAGGAAGUAAUGGUUGAAACUGGAUUUUUACCUUAACACGAUAUCUAAUACCACGACUGUACAUCCAU